AUGGCAGCAGCUUCGGUGGCCACCUACAAAAUCCGUGUGGCUACUGGCAACUACUUGUGCGGAGGGACCAUGGACUCCAUUUCCAUCACUUUGGUGGGAUCUCAAGGAGAAAGUGCCAAGUUCUCUUUGGACAAAUGCGGCCGAGAUUUCUCUCCAGGAGAGGUAGACGAAUACAAGGUCGACAGCCAGCAAGUCUUGGGCCCCAUCCUGCUGGUCCGGCUGCACAAGGAACGCUAUGGCGCUUUCCCACAAACCAACUGGAAUUGCAGCUUCGUCGAAGUGACGGCGCCUCAGGGGCAGGUGUACCGUUUCCCUUGCUACCAAUGGAUUGUGGGAUACCAGACCAUAGAGCUAAGAGAAGGGGCAGCCAGAACUAUUUGCAUGGAUGCUGAUAACCAGACGCUCUUACAACACCGUCAAAAGGAGCUCCAGGCAAAGCGGGAAGCAUACAGGUAUAAAGAAUACCAGCCAGGGUGGCCCAUGUGUCUGGAUGCUGACAUGGUGGACCACUUGCAUCUGAACGAUCGCUACUCGAGAACCAAGGAAAAUGUUUUCCAGGUGCAGAUGGUGGCUGCUGAAGUUGAAUUGAAGCUGAAGGGUUUGCUAGAUUGCAAAAAUUCUUGGAAGAAACUAGAUGACAUACGGAUGGCUUUUUGGUUUUACCGAUCCCCCGUUGCAGAGUAUGUCAGCAGACACUGGGAUGAAGAUGCUUUCUUUGGCUACCAGUAUCUCAAUGGUGUGAACCCUGUUAUCCUCCAGAAGUGUGUCGAAAUGCCGGCCAAAUUCCCUGUCACACACGAGAUGGUGGCCGGGUCCUUGGGAAAGCACACAACGUUGGACAAUGAGCUCAAGAAGGGUACCAUCUUCCUUAUAGACUGCUGGAUUCUCGAAGGCGUCCCAGCUACAAAACUCAAUGGAUGUCUCCAGUAUAUCUCUGCUCCUCUCUGCCUCUUGCAUCUUACUCGCCUGGGCGAAAUGAUCCCCAUCGCCAUCCAGCUUACUCAGCAACCAGGACCAGAGAGCCCAAUUUUCUUACCCAGCGAUUCGGAGUGGGAUUGGGCAUUGGCAAAGUUUUGGGUCCGCAACAGCACUUUUUACAUCCACGAAGUCCUCACCCACUUGCUUUCCACACACCUGGUGGUGGAAGUCUUCAUGCUAGCUACCCUCCAUCACUUGCCAAUGUGUCAUCCAAUCUACAAGAUGCUAAUUCCUCACUUCCGAUAUACGUUACACAUCAAUGUUCUUGGCCGGGUGAACCUCUUUGCCCCAGGAGGGCUCAUAGAACAAGCCACCGGCACGGGCUUCCAUGGUGUCUCCCACUUGCUGGCCAAAGGUCUGUCAACGCUGACCUACUCCACCCUCUGCCUCCCUGAUGACCUCCGGGACAGAGGAGUCGAAUCUCUCCCCAACUACUAUUACAAGGAUGAUGCUCUGAAGCUCUGGGAAGCCAUUGAGAGCUUCGUAUCUGGAAUUGUAGCUCUCUACUACAGGAGUGACCGCUCUGUGAAGGAAGACUCAGAGCUCCAGGCCUGGGUGGCAGAGAUUUUUGACAAAUGUUUCUUCGGGCGAGAGUCUUCCGGUUUCCCUUCACACCUGGAAACCAUCAGUGAGCUCAGCAAGUAUCUAACCAUGGUGAUCUUCACCAGCUCCAUUCGCCACGCCAGCGUCAACAAUGGCCAGUUUGACUAUGGGGCCUGGAUGCCCAAUUACCCUUCUUCUAUGCGGAAGCCGCCCCCCAAAUGCAAGGGCAGUGUAACUUUCAGGGACAUCUUGGAUACCUUGCCGGACGUCAGCACGACUUGUAGCACUUUGCUGAUCCUUUGGCUUCUCAGCCGGGAACCAGGGGACAGGAGACCUUUGGGUUGCUACCCUGAUGAACAUUUUACCGAGGAAAAAGCAAAACAAGUCAUCUCCGCUUUCCAGAAAUGCCUGGCCCAGAUCACCAAGGAAACUGAGGAGAGAAACAAGCGCCUCCUGCUGCCGUACCAUUAUCUCAGCCCCCCUGAAAUAGAGAACAGCACCUCCAUCUAAAGGAUGU